CCGCCUAUAGUCACUGUCUUGUUUGAGAAGGUAAUGCAGGAGAACUGCGGGACAACGUGGAGAAUUUGUGUUAACUUGGUAAAAGAGCUUGAGAAGCGAGCGCCUCAUGGACCUUGUUUUCUGAACUCUGACCCGAGGAGGGCGCUUUCUACAACAUCCAGCUGUUGAUAAGUCUUUGAACCCCUAAAAUAACUAGGCUCGUGUUAAGGGCCCAGACAGCGGAUCACUGAAGAUCCACCAACCCGCUCUGAACACUUGAGCUACGGCGCAGCUGAACGCGAACUCUCGACCUGAAUGUCUCAACCCGGAGCGCCUCCUCGAUGGAUGAACUGCCCGAGAAGAGGACAACCUGUGGCUGGCAAAUUUCUCCCCAUGAAAACCAUGCUUGGGCCACGGUACGAUGAUAAAGUCCCUGAGGAGAACAGGUUUCACCCCAGCAUGCUGUCCAACUAUCUCAAGAGCUUAAAGGUGAAGAUGGGUUUGCUGGUGGACCUGACCAACACGAGCCGCUUCUAUGAUCGGGCAGAGAUAGAAAAGGAAGGAAUCAAAUACGUAAAGCUUGCCUGUAAAGGUCAUGCUGAAUGCCCUACAGUAGAGACGACAGACACAUUCAUCAGACUGUGUGAACCCUUCACUGAAAAAACACCCACAGAGCUCAUAGGCAUUCACUGCACACAUGGCUUCAACCGCACAGGCUUUUUAAUAUGUGCCUACCUGGUGGAGAAAAUGGACUGGAGUAUUGAAGCCGCGGUGGCAGCGUUUUCUCAGGCUCGGGCACCGGGAAUCUAUAAAGGAGAUUAUCUGAAGGAGCUCUUCCGUCGCUAUGGUGAUGUAGAGGACACCCCACCUGCGCCUGCCCUCCCUGAGUGGUGCUUUGAUGAAGAGGAGGAUGAAGGUGUGGAUGAUGAUGGAAACACCAUCAAUCAGGCGGCGGAGCCCAGCUCCUCACACUCCACUCACGGCAAAAAGAAGAAGAAGGAACGACUGAAACUGGGGGCUGUGUUUCUGGAGGGGGUGUCCGUCAAAGGAGUCUCUCAAGUCACGUCACAACCCAAACUCGGCGAGAUCCAGCGAAAAUGCCAGGAGUUUUCUGAGUGGGACAAAUCUGGGUUUCCUGGUGCUCAGCCUGUGUCGAUGGACCGAAGGAAUAUUCGUCUGAUAGAGCAGAAUGUGUAUAAGGUCAGCUGGAAGGCAGACGGGACACGGUACAUGAUGUUAAUCGAUGGUAAAAAUGAAGUGUACAUGAUUGACAGAGACAACUCAGUGUUUCUCAUAGUAAACCUGGAGUUUCCUUUCCGGAAGGAUCUACGCAUUCACCUCUCCAACACGUUAUUGGAUGGGGAGAUGAUUAUCGACAAAGUGAAUGGUCAGCCUGUCCCACGUUAUCUCAUCUACGACAUCAUUAAAUUUAAUGGUCAGCCCGUCGGUCAGUGUGACUUUGACAGACGUUUGCUGUGUAUUGUGAAGGAGAUCAUCUCCCCUCGCUCUGAGAAGAUUAGAUUGGGCCAGAUCGACAAAAGCAAGGAGCCGUUCAGCGUCAGAAACAAGCCUUUCUUCGACAUUCACGCUGCACGCAAGCUGUUGGAGGGCAGUUUCACCUCUCAGGUGAGCCAUGAAGUGGAUGGCCUGAUCUUCCAGCCGAUAGGGAAAUAUAAGCCAGGCCGGUGUGAUGAUAUUCUGAAGUGGAAGCCGCCGAGCCUAAACUCUGUCGAUUUCAGACUCAAGAUCACCAAAGUUGGCGGGGAGGGACUGAUUCCUCAGAUGGUGGGGCUUCUGUAUGUGGGCGGACAUGAUGUGCCCUUAGCACAAAUGAAGGUGACAAAGGAUCUGAAACAGUAUGAUAAUAAAAUCAUAGAGUGCACAUUCGCCAAUAACACCUGGGUAUUUAUGCGGCAGAGAAUUGACAAGAGCUUCCCCAACUCAUAUGACACAGCUAUGGCUGUGUGCAACAGUAUCAAACAUCCUGUCACCAAGGAAAUUCUCUUCGAGUUUCUGGACCGAUGCGCGCAGAUGCAGUCACGCAAACAUCCACCUGACUCUGAACUCAUGCCUCCACCACCACCAAAGAGACCAAACCACACCAUACCAUAAUGACACAACACCGCCGGAGCAGAACUUAAGCAGUUACAUAUUUUUUUUAUUCCUGAAAUACUCUGCCGGUCCACACCGCAAGAGACUUUUGGAGAAUGUUUUGAUUUUUGGCCUCACUGGGCUUCUGCUGAUGAGUGAAUCUAUUUAAAGACAUUUUUCAGGGAGCUUGUUUCAACAAUGAGUUCUUAUUUAAAAUAAUAAAAGUAAAAAUGGAUUGGUUUGCAUUUGUUUCCUUUAUCAUGAUCUGUAUUUGUUACAGUGUGUCCUUUGCAGUUAUUUGUUUUUUUUUAUUGACGAACAGUAAAGUGUGCUAGAUUUGUCUACCCGCAGGUUGUCUAGAUUAAAGAAUAAGUCACCCAAAAAGGAAAUUUCUGUCAUUAUUCCAAAGCCAUAUGCUGUUAUUUUUCAGUAAAACACAAAAGUUUUUUUUUUUUUUAAAGAAUCUUCACGCAGCUCAAACUCAAGAAGUUGAUACGACUAGUGCACUAUAUUCCAAGUGGUCUGAAGCCAUAUGAUCUCUGUGAUCUGUCUUAAGUUUUUCACUCUCAAAUAAAAUAUGGCGACAACAGCGCAGGUUGGAUGUCAAUAACAUCCUUUUUGUGUGUCCCAUGACUAAAUGUCAUGACAUCAAAACUGCGGCAUAGUCACUAUUUGAAUUGGACACGGCUAGCGGGAGUUGAUCAAUGAUUUGAUUUGAGAGUCAAUAACAAAAAAUGUUUCUGUUCAUCACACAAAUAGUUUGUAUUGGCUACUUUUAUUGUGGUUUUAUGGUUGGGGGGUUGGGGUUCCUUUUUUGAGCAGCCUCUAGUCACCAUCCACUUUAAUUAUACCAAAGGAAAAGAGCUUUUUUAAAUAUUUCUAUUGUGUUCAAUGGAAGAAAGCAGGUACAACAGGUUUGGAACAACAUGAGGGUUAGUAAAUCAUUUUCAUUUUUUAUACUGUUUUAUACUGGUAUACUGUUCCUUUAAAUCUUAUUUCUGUCUGCAUUCAGAUUAGAAAAAUAGGGCGGCAACGCACUGCAUCAGGUUUGAUGUCAUGGAUGCCAUUGGUUCUUGUAAGUGUCAUAACCAAAUGCAAUGUGCCAGUUUGAAUAUACAGAAUGUAGAAUAAUGAUUGAGAGCUGCCUCGGAGGGGAAGAUUUUCAGUGAAUAGUGAUUUAAAUUUGGGUCUGUUCCUCACACAAAGCUAUUGUAUGUCUUCAAUGAUUUGGACUACUUUUAUGAUGCUUUCAUUAUGCUUUUUGGACCUGUAUGGAACUUGACAGCCGUGGUUGCUAUUAACAGGAAAAGAGGUAAUGAAGAUUCUUAAAUCUCAUUUCAUGUCCCAUGAAAAAAUAACGGCAUACAGGUUUGGAGCAACAUGUUGGUAAAUAAAUACUAAGAGUGUUUUCACUUUGUUAAACUAUUCCUGACAUUUUUGAGUGAAACCUGACAUUGAAAACUGAGUGUUAGCAAUUUUCUCAAAUUUCACCAAUUCUGGAAUUAUUUAUGAUAAAUCAUUUGAAACCUAGAAUAGAUUAGCAUUUCAGUUGCUCUGUUUGUACAGUUAUUAAUUCAUAUGCUAUUGUUUUAUGAUCAUGUAUUUUUUAGGUGAGAGUGUUUUGUAUGUCAGUUUGUCUGGAUGUUUUUAAAAUCUUGCCCCAACCUUUUUUCUCGUGUUUUGUUUCUUGAAAAAAUGGCUGGUGCGUUUAAGUUUUUGCUGGAUUCAUUGCUUAAUGUUUUUGUUUU